UGCUCUCACCCAAAGCAGUCAUGGUAGCAGUGCAUCCAUGAGUUGCAUCUUCAUCAACUGCACUGGUGUUCAAGCUGGUCCUGCUCGACGCAUCUGUAGCCUACUAUCUGGGCUAGGCUUCUCGACCGUGCAGUCAUAGACUGCGUCUCGGAAUUUGACAAGAGAGGACACUCGGUCCUUUAUGAAUUCCUGUGGUGAUUUAUAUAGAUUCAGUGUCUCAAAAAGCUUAUUUUUGACCUCAUAUUAGAGAAAAAAAUGUCAUUGCGCAACACAAAGACGGGAUUCUCCGUGAAGGACCUCCUGGACCUUCCCGACACGAAUGAUGAAGGAUCUGGGGCUGAGGAGACUGACGAGGACACUGCAGAGGACACCACUGAGGCUAAUGUGCGAAGUCCCUCCGGCAGUGGCCGACAGUUAUCUCUCAGCACCCUGUGCAUGACUAGUGGAAGUCAGUGCACAAGAUGGCUUACGUCUGGAAAUGCUUCAGUUCACUACACACUGGAUACGCUAGCAGAAGACACACAGCAGGAUUUAAAAUCUCCAGAGCUGUCUACGGAUGAGUCGCAAGAUAAUGAUAAAGAGUCUUCUGGAGACAACAGCGAUGCGGGCAAGAGGAGGAAGCGAAGGGUUCUGUUCUCUAAAGCGCAAACUUAUGAACUUGAGCGGCGCUUCAGGCAGCAACGGUACCUCUCCGCGCCAGAGAGGGAACACCUCGCCAGCUUACUGCGCCUUACCCCAACCCAGGUCAAAAUCUGGUUCCAGAAUCAUCGCUAUAAAAUGAAGAGGGCGCGGACCGAGAAGGGAGUGGACAUGGGCCACCUAACCUCUCCGCGGAGAGUGGCCAUUCCUGUUUUGGUUCGAGAUGGGAAGCCGUGCCAUGCGCUCAAACACCAGGAACUUGCCACGUCUCUGCAGGCCGGAAUAUCAUUCUCUCCCUUCAGUGGUCAGCCUAUUCGUCAAAUGCACAUCAGUAGUCAUCUCAGCCCGGAGGCCAUUUCACAACUUUCCACGGUCCACCAGUUGGCACAGAUGCAGCGCUGGUCUUGGUGAGGCACUAUGAUGGUCAAUCUUAAGUUAAACCAGAAGUGGAAAGAUACCGUGAUUUGCAAAAGCAAAUAUCUUACCUUCUGGCCCAACUACGACUAGCCAAUAUGCAUCUACAGUAGCCUACUGAAGUCUAUUCGUCCCUGUAAAAAGACUGUGCUUCUUUACUUGUGGUCGUUGCCAUUGCUGUUUUGGAUGUAGAUGAUUUUGUCACAUGAAUGUAGACAAAAGUGAAAUUUGUGUUGUUUGUAAUGUAUAUUGAUCUUAAAUAUUUAUUACCAAAAUAAAACUCCAGUGAUUGUAUUUACAUUGUUCUUUUUGUUUAUUUUAUUUAUUAUAACACUUAGCCUAUCCAGGAAUGCUUGUGAUAGCCUCUAAAGGAAAAUUCCUCGGUCAAUCCUGUUAUAUGCUUACUAAUAUUUAGUGCAAUUUUCAAAUAAAUCCUUAUUGGGUUAUACAUGAGUUUAGAAUCAAAUUGUUAGCUAGCCUAUUUAAUGUUUGAUCUAUAAUUUCCGUCUGGUCAGGCUCUGUUGUUGCCUAUUCCAACGAUUGUAUUUUCCUCUGGGUUUUAAAAUGUGCAAAUUAACGAAGAAAAUUCUCUCAAAAUAAGAAUUUAAAAAUAAGAAUGGGUUGGCCAUUAAUGAGC